AUGCAACUUCCGGUGUAAUUUUUGUUUUCAGAAAUUUCAAAAUAAUUUCAUCAGUAUUCUAUGGAUAUAUGGCUACGAGAGUACUAUGUAGCGUAUCAACACGUUUGACACAAGUUGAGACUUUCACUAGAUGUACAAAUUUUAGACAUUGGGCCAAUGGUGCACGUCUGAUUCCAUGUGUUGAUAAAUCUAAUAUUUAUCAAGUCAAACUUUCAAAGGAUAGAUCUAUAACACAUUGGAAGAAUAUUUUGAGAUCAUUGAAAGUAAGGUUCCCUUGGAUAAUACAUAUAUUUCCUGUGAAUAAGAAUAGAAUGGAAUUGACAGGUACUUCAAAUUCAUUGGGUGAAAAAGUUCGAGGUAUGACCAAGUUAGAUCGCAGCAUGUUUACACAGACAAUUCAAGUUCCAGGAAUUAUUGUCAACAUAAAAAGUUUGAAACACUUGAACAAAUGCUUCAAAAAGUCUAUGUUGAAGAUGCCAAAUAUAAAGGCUAUUGCUGAUCUUGAAACGGACAAUCUAUGUUUUAAAACACACAAGCUGCUCCUUCUUGAUCGCAACCAGUACAAAUCAUUUGAUGACUUCUCUGAGGAUGAAAAAGGUGUAAUGACUGCCCAUGAUGUUGAUCCUAACAGUUUUAAAAUGUACAGUUUAGAAACAACAUAUGACAACCUGACUUGGGAUGAUGUGUUGAAAGCUGUAUUACCGACAGAUACUGAUGGAGUUGGGGGCUUUAGCACAAUUGGCCACAUCGUGCAUCUGAAUCUUAAAGAUAACCUAAAUGACUACAAAUUCCUGAUAGGAGAAGUGCUAGUUGAUAAGAUUAAAACAGUGAAGACAGUGAUAAACAAGACAAAUACAAUUGAUACAACAUUUCGGAACUUUAGCCUAGAACUUUUAGGGGGAGAGGACAAUAUGAUAACCAUCAACAAAGAAAAUGGAUGCAGUUUUGAGAUGGACUUCUCUAAAGUCUAUUGGAAUCCCAAACUCGGUAAUGAACAUGCAAGAAUUAUAUCACAGUUGAGUCCCAGUGAUAUCGUGUAUGACAUGAUGGCAGGUAUUGGUCCAUUUGCUAUUCCAGCUAGCAGAAAACAAUGCAUCGUUUUCGCCAAUGAUUUGAACCCUGAAUCAUUCAAAUGGUUAGAACAUAAUGUAAAACUAAACACCUCUAAGAAGUACAAAAUUGACUUGAAUGCUUAUAAUAUGGAUGGACGGGACUUUAUUCGCAAUAUCGUGAAAAUGGAUAUGUUAAAAAAAUGGAAGAAACAUGGUGAGGAAAUCGCACCUCCUAACAUACACAUAAUUAUGAAUCUACCAGCAAUAGCCACUCAGUUUCUCGAUGUAUUUAAAGGAUUGUAUACAACAAGUGAUCUUCAGGCUGAAGGGGCAACAAUAAAGCCCAUUAUGCCAACAAUUCAUUGCUAUUGCUUCUGCAAGAGUGAGGACCAGGAAAAUGAGGCAUUAGAAAUGGCAGAAUUAGGUCUCAGGAUGCCCCUUCCUGAGGGUGCUACAGUACAUAAUGUAAGAAAUGUCGCCCCUAAAAAGGAUAUGAUGUGUGUUGAGUUUAGACUAACUGAUAAUGUGCUCAUAUGUCAAGAGGAUGAAACAAAUAGUCCACAAAGGAAAAAAAUGAGAACAGACACAGGGGGUGACAUUUAAGAAGAAUGAAAUUCCAACAUAUAUUUAAUUUAUAUGUUAUAUUCAAUGAUUGUGCCUUUUGGAUAAUUCAGAUCAAUCUGUUUUCUAGUU